GCGAAAAGUCGCGACGUCGGGGGUCACAGGGGGGAGGCGUCCCCGACGGCAGAAGAGUUUCUUCUUUACACCGCCCUCCGCCCCCCGACCCAUACCCCUCCGCCAGACAACGGACAGCGUCCUGGAGCGUGGCCACUACACGGGAGCCUCCGGCGCGACCUCGAGAGCACGAUCGCCGCGGCGCUGGCCAGCCGCAACCGCCUCGGCCUGGCGCCGCCGAUCGGCUUGCGGCCCGGGCUCCAGGCGCUUCGGCCGGCCGCGGCCAGCACCAAGACCUCGGUGCAGCAGGAGGCCUCGGUGCAGCAGGAGGCCCACUUCGCGCCGGAGGCCACCUGGGACCGCGGCCUCAGCGCCAGCUCCACGGAAUGUUGGUCUGCCGCGGACCAGGCGGCGUCCGCCCGGCAGAUCUCCGCCGGCGCGGCCUCCGCCGCCGCCACUACCGCGUCGGGCGCCAGCAGCUGGCAGGAUGCGGGGCCGACGCAGGACGGGAAGGGCGUUACCCAGGACGUCCUGGAGGAGCGCACAGAGGAGGAGGACUUGCGGAGGCAGAUCGAGGCGGCCUCCUGGCUGGGCCAGAGCCAGGCGCCGCCCUCCGUGCGGUCCCUGCCGAGCGACGCCGCGCUCGAAGAAAAGCUCCCGACGCACCACCUGCAGCUCGGUGGCGGCGACGGGGCCCACGAGGACCUCCAGCAGGCCAAGGGCAGUGGCGGCCUGGGCGGGCUCACCACGGCCAUGGUGCGGAACUUACCGGCGAAGUGCACGCAGCGGAAGUUUGUAAGCGCGAUCAAUUUUGUUGGCUUGGCGGGCACCUAUGACUUUGCCUACGUGCCUAUGGACUCCCGACGCCACUCCAACCGCGGCGUUGGCUUCGUCAACUUCACGACCCCGGAGGCGGCCAGCAGGUUCCACCAUCUGUUCCACGGCAAGCUGCUGCCACCCGGUGGCGGCCCCGGGGGCGGAAGCAAGGAGCCGCGGGUGCCGCUUGUAGUGCUGCCGGCGGACAUGCAGGGCUUCGAGGCGAACGCCGCACACCACUUCUCCGUGCGAAGGGAAAAGAACGCGGACGCCCAGCCGCUCUUCCUGCGCCCCCUCCCGCUGCACCUCGCGGCCGUGGCCGCGGAAGAGCAGCAGGCGGCGCCGCAGCAGCCGUUGCAGGCGGUGCCCGCACGGCGGCGGCAGCCGCCCAGGCAGCCGCCCCCCGACUGGCCCGCGCCGCGCCGGGAGCGGCCGGCCGCAGCACGGGCUGCGGGCGCGGCAGACUGGCUGGCCGCGGCGGUCUGCGCGGUGCCGGCGCAGCAGCGGUCGCCGCCGAGGCCGCCGGCCGCGCCGCAGGGCCGCGGCGGCGCGUCCCCGCCGGCGGGCGGGGCGGAGGCGGCUCCGCGCAGGGCCAAGUUUUGCUCGGAGUGCGGGCGCAGGCGCCUCGAGGAGCAUGCCUUCUGCCCCUACUGCGGGACCAGCUUCUAAGCAAGCAGUGCUUGCUGACAGGCCCACCGGUUGGAUAACAUGUCGUGGUAGGCCUAUAGGAAUGCCAGGACAGUCGGUCCCUGCUCAAUCUAAGGGCGGCAGGCCCCAGGGUGCGCUGCGCCCUACCACGCCUGCAGGCGGCAGCGCGCGCCCGCCAGCUCAUCGCUCCGUAGGCGAGCGCAGGAGUCGCGAUCUUUGAAUCGGGAGGUUGGCUGAGGAUCUUAGCACUUCGCAUGCAGGUGGAGGCACUGGAGGAAGCUCCAAACUCAAGCAUCGUGAGCAGGGUGUCCUUGGCGUUGCAUUUAUGAGGCUGUGUGGACGGCCGAUGAGCAUGCCAUUCCUUGGGCAUUUUUUGAAAGGACAGCCUUUGUAGCCUGCCUGCCCACCAGGAAGUUCGGCCCCGCCAAGAUCACGC